GCCCCACAAACGGCCGCCCCACAAACGGCCGCCCCACGAACGGCCGCCCCACGAGUGGCCGCGGCCCCGGGCGCCAUGGGGCCGCCCCAGUGCCGGGCGCUGGCCGCCAUCCGCGCCGAGGUGCGGCGGCACGAGGAGGCGAAGCGCUGCCUGAACGCCCUGCUGCGCCUCUGCGACGGCGUGCGCGACCCGCGGCUGCGGGGCGGAAUCGGCGCCCAGCUCAGAGCCCUGCAGGAGGCGCUGGUGAACAGCCAGGAAUGGACGCUCGGCCGCUCCGUCCCCGAGAUCCGCCUGGGCGUCCUGGGCAGCAGCAGGAGUGGGAAAUCAGCGCUGGUCCACCGCUUCCUCACCGGCUCCUAUGUGAGCCUGGAGCCCACCGAGAGCGGGCAGUUCAAGCGCGAGGUGACGGUUGAUGGGCAGAGCCACCUGCUGCUGAUCCGCGAGGAGGCCGGCGCCCCGGACGCCAAGUUCGCCGACUGGGCGGACGCCGUCGUCUUCGUCUUCAGCCUGGAGGACGAGGGCAGCUUCCAGGAGGCGGCGCAGCUCCACCAGCUGCUCUGCGCCCAUCGGGCCGCCGGCGACGUCGCCCUGGCCCUGGUGGGCACCCAGGACAAGAUCAGCUCCUCCAACCCGCGGGUGGUGGAGGACGGGCGCGCGCGGGCGCUGUGCGGGGACAUCUGGUGGUGGCACUGUGGUGGCACUGUGGUGACCUCUGGCGGUGGCACAGUGGCCCAGAAGGUGGUGGCCCUGCGGAAGCAGCAGCAGCUGCUGGCGUCCUGCAAGUCCCUGCCCAGCUCCCCCACGCACUCGGCUGCCUCCACCCCCGUCGGCGGCGCCCACCCUGCCCAGACCAGCAAUGGGGGUCACACCAGCGACUACUCGUCCUCGCUGCCCUCCACCCCCAACGUCAGCCACCGGGAGCUGCGCAGCGAGACCCCCGCCCCCAUGGGGACCCCCAGCUCCCUGCACCGCGGGGCCAAGCGCCGCACCAGCCUGUUUGCUACGCGGCGCGGCAGCGACUCGGAGAAGCGCAGCCUGGACAGCCGUGGCGAGGCGGCGGGCAGCGGGCGGGCCAUCCCCAUCAAGCAGAGCUUCCUGCUGAAGCGCAGCGGCAAUUCGCUCAACAAGGAGUGGAAGAAGAAAUACGUCACCCUGUCCAGCAACGGGCUGCUCCUCUACCACCCCACCAUCAACGACUACAUCCACAGCACCCACGGCAAGGAGAUGGACCUGCUGCGCACCACGGUCAAGGUGCCGGGGAAGCGCCCGCCCCGCGCCAUCUCCGCCUGCGGCCCCUCGGCCAGCGUCAACGGGCUGCUGAAGGACGUGGGCGCCGACGGCGGCGCCGCAGCGUCGCCCGUGGGGCUCAGCCUCCCCCCGGACCCGGGGACCAAAGGCGCGGGGAAGGGCGAGCGGCCCCUGCAGCGCUGCGCCUCCGCCUCCAGCGCCAAGCUGUCCGAUGGCCCUGCUGGCCCCGAAUCCGUCUCCAGCCCCGGCAGCUCGGGCCGCGAUCCGCCGCCGUCGCCGAUGGUCGACCGCAAGAAGCACCGCCGGAAGAAGCUCUCCACGCCGUCCAAGACUGAGGGCUCUGCGGGGCAGGCGGAAGAGGAGGAGAACUUUGAGUUCCUGAUCGUGUCCAGCACGGGGCAGACGUGGCACUUCGAGGCUGGCAGCUUUGAGGAACGCGACGCCUGGGUGCAGGCCAUCGAGAGCCAGAUCCUGGCCAGCCUGCAGUGCUGCGAGAGCAGCAAGAACAAGGCGCGCGUGGACAGCCAGAGUGAGGCUGUGGCCAUCCAGGCCAUCCGGAACGCCCGGGGAAACUCGGUGUGCGUGGACUGCGGGGCACCCAACCCCACGUGGGCCAGCCUGAACCUGGGCGCGCUGAUCUGCAUCGAGUGCUCCGGCAUCCACCGCAACCUGGGCACCCACGUGUCGCGCGUGCGCUCCCUCGACCUGGACGACUGGCCGCGGGAGCUGACCGUGGUGCUGAACGCCAUCGGCAACGCCACCGCCAACAGCAUCUGGGAGCGGAACACCAGGGGGCGCUGCAAGCCCACGCAGGAAUCGUCCAGGUGAGCGGGAGUGUGCGAGUGUGCGAGUGUGUGUGAGUGUGUGUGUGUGCGAGUGUGUGUGUGUGUGAGAGUGAGUGAGAGUGUGUG